AUGAUACGCUCUAUUCUACACAAAGCUACCAAAAAUGAUAACACCCCUGCUGUGGAUUUAUCCAGCGAAGUGGGUUUUUUCGCUAAUAAUACCAUUUGCAGGAUGUCAGUUGGGAAGAAAUGCACUAAAGCUGAUCUGGGUGGAAAAGAAUUCAAGGAAGUUUUGGAGGAUGUUCUUCCUCUUACUGGUGACUUUCAGUACAGCGAUUGCAUCCCUCUCUUGCGUUGGCUUGAUUCGCAGAGCAAUAGGCGAAGGCAAGCAGAGCUUACUGAGAUUUUUUUUGUGUUUCUGGGGCGAUUUGUGGUUGAACACAUUGAAAGAAGGAAGAAUUACAGUGCUUUGCAGUGUGAAGAUUUUGUUGAUCUGCUGCUUUCUUUGUCUAGAGGUGAAUCCAUGGAGAUCAAAAUUACAAGAGAACACAUCAAGAAAAUUGCUUUUGACUUAAUAUCUGCAACCACAGAUACUUCAGGGGGUACACUGGAAUGGGCAAUGUCAGAAUUGCUUAGAAAUCCCUGGAGAGGAUGCCCUGGAACUAAUUUGGGUAUGUCCCUUGUCCAGCUUGGCCUUGCACAACUAUUACAUUGCUUCAAUUGGAGUCUUCCUCAAGGUAUAACUCCAGAGAACCUGGAUAUGUCAGAAGUAUAUGGAGUUACCAUGCCAAGGGCAGGUCAUCUCCUUGCCAUUCCAACUCUCCGCCUUCUUCUGGAACUCUACGAACCAAAACCCUAA